AUGGAGGAUGAUAAGGCGCCAUCGACUUCAGAGCCUGUGUUCAAGGAACCGUCCCCAAAAAAGCCUAAACGACCAGCCCAGGACCUCCCAGAAGACCAACAACAGCCUAAAAAGGCUCAAUUGAAGCACGAAUCCGAAUUCCUACGCUCAAUUCCAUCAUCUUCUCAAUACGAGAAGUCCUUCAUGCAUCGAGACACCAUUUCCCAUGUGAUCGCCACCAAAACCGAUUUUAUCAUCACUGCCAGCGUGGAUGGUCAUCUGAAGUUCUGGAAAAAGAAGCAUUCAGAAGGCGUCGAGUUCGUCAAACACUUCCGGUGCCAUUUGAGCGAAUUCUCUCACAUUUGUGCUAAUAUCGAUGGAACACUGCUGGCGACAGUCUGUGAAGCGGAUAAAUCAGUAAAAGUGUUCGAUAUUGAGAAUUUCGACAUGAUUAACAUGAUAAAACUCGAUUUUCCGCCAAAAACCGCGAUGUGGGUGCACCAAAGUAACGAUCCGACUGCUCAUCUUGCGAUUGGCGCUGCGGAUUCGGGAAAAGUGAUUGUGGUCGAUGGAAAGGCGUCGGCAACGCCGAUUUGUGUUAAGGAUAAGCUUCAUUCGACACCCGUAAGAGCUAUCGAGUACAGCCAAAGUCUCGAUAUGAUUGUCUCCAUCGACGAAUCCGGAAUCAUCGAAUGCUGGAGUGGAGAUCGUGGUGAUUUCGAGUUUCCCCAAUCCAAGCUCUCCUGGGAAUAUAAGCUGGAGACCGAUUUGUACGAUUUCGUAAAAGCCAAAACGAUUCCAGUGUGCGCUGCUUUCGACCCAUCCGGAAUAAAACUCGCCACAUUCGCUGAAGAUCGUAAAGUUCGAGUUUUCAAUGUCAAAACCGGAAAAUUGAUAGUGACGAUUGACGAAACGACUCACAGAUAUCAAAUCGAGGCAAAGGAGAACAAGAAUUAUGGGCUACAACACAUGGAAUGGUCUAGACGACUAGCAGCUGAGAAAGAGAUGGAUAAGGAUAAGAAAAACUCUCUGAAAUACUCAAAACUAUGUUUCGAUGAAUCUGGAAAUUUCCUACUGUAUCCCACGCCGAUUGGUGUCAAAGUCUACAAUCUGUACACAAAAGAGGUCUCCCGAACCAUCGGAAGAGACGAAUCGAUUCGAUUUGUGGCUGUUUCCCUUUGCAAUGCCCUCCCGGACAUUCGAUCCAAACUUCAAGGCGCUGCGAUCACUUUGGAGACGGCGGCAGCUGAUAAUCCGACGCUUAACAAGAAAACCGACCCGGAUCCGUUGAUGGUUUGCUGUGCACUUCGCAAGAAUCGAUUCUAUCUCUUCACGAAUACGGAACCAUUCAAUGUGGAGGAUGACGAGGGAAAUCCGUCGGUGUCGGGAAGAGAUGUGUUCAAUGAGCGACCGAAGAAGGAGGACUUAUUGACUGCGUUGGAUACGGAAGGAGGAGAGAAGGUGCUGAACAAGGAAGCCGUCAUUCACACCUCAUUUGGAGACAUCACAAUUCGUUUAUUCGGUGACGAAUGCCCGAAAACCGUCGAGAACUUCUGUACGCACUCUCGUCGUGGAUACUACAACGGUCUGACGUUCCAUCGUGUCAUCAAAUCGUUUAUGAUUCAAACUGGAGAUCCGACUGGCAAAGGAACAGGCGGAGAAUCGAUUUGGGGUGAAGAUUUUGAGGACGAAUUCCAUCCACGUCUCCGGCACGACAAGCCGUUCAAAGUGUCGAUGGCGAAUGCGGGCGGUGGAAAUACCAAUGGAUCACAGUUCUUUAUUACUGUGUGUCCAGCUGAUUGGUUGGAUGGAAAGAAUACCUUGUUUGGAGAGGUAACCGCCGGAAUGAGUGUGGUCCAACGCGUCAAUCAGGUGCCGACAUUCGAGCGAAGUGGCCGUCCCCGUGAAACGAUUCAAAUCAUGUCAAUUAGUUUGAAGUGA